AUGAAUCGUCCAAGAACGAGUGCGCUCAUUUAUCAUCAGACACAAGCCAUCAAACCAAAAUAUGGAGCAUCGUUUCCUCAAAAUCGCUCAUUUAGUGCCUGUUCUAUGCGUAGUCCAUCUCCCUUACAAAUUCGAUUGCAAAAAGCAAAACCUUGGCAACGAAUAUUUGAUGGUGACAAGCAAUCUGUUUAUAGUCAGCAAGGUUUUCAAUUAUUACGAAAUAAACAGAAUGUAGACGCUGUUAUAUCCAAUGAUUUUUUUAAUAUGAAAGAAGAAACAUCAUUCGAUGAUAGUAUACAACAUUCAUUAUUACCAUCACCAAUUCAAGUUCACAUUGAUCAGUUACUUGAACAAAUUGAUGAUUUAACGUUAUUAUUUGAAGAAGAACGUCUAAAUCAUAAACAAACACGUCAAAAAGCUGGAGAAAAUCUUAUCAAUCAAUUUCGUAGUCAAAAUGACAAAUACAAUAAUAUUAUUAAUCAGAUGUUAAUUGAACAUGAAAAUGUACUGGAAGAUUUACGUUCUAAACAUGCUAAAGAAAUAAUUAAAGAACAAGAUAAAGCGGAUGCAAGAGAAAGACACAUACAAAGUGAAAUAGAUUAUGUUAAAAAUUCAUUUCAUACAUAUAAGAUAACAAUGGAUAAAGAAAAUGAGGAAAAAUUACGUUUAAAAGAUG